AUGACGACAGGUCAGACCAUGAGCAAGAGAGGCACAAAGAGAAGAAGAAGAAGAAAAAGAAGAAGUCAGAGAAGGAGAAGAAUCCUGGUGAUGAGGAAAGGAGAAAGCGGAAAGAGGAGAAGAAGCUGAAACGAGAGAAGGAACACUGUGACACGGAGGGGGAGGCAGAUGACUUCGACUCUGGGAGGAAGGUGGAGGUGGAGCCGCCCCCAGAUCGGCCAGUGCCAGCGUGCGGGACCCAACCAGCUGAAACUGAGAGCACCUCCAUUCAGCAGCUGCUGGAGCACUUCCUCCGCCAGCUCUAGAGAUCCUCAUGGAUUUUUUGCUUUUCCUGUCACAGAUGCAAUUGCUCCUGGAUAUUCAAUGAUAAUAAAACAUCCAAUGGAUUUUGGCACAAUGAAAGACAAAAUCGUAGCUAAUGAAUACAAGUCAGUCACAGAAUUUAAGGCAGAUUUUAAACUGAUGUAUGAUAAUGCCAUGACAUACAACAGACCAGAUACUGUGUACUACAAACUGGCCAAGAAGAUCCUUCAUGCAGGCUUUAAGAUGAUGAGCAAAGCAGCUCUCUUGGGCAGUGAAGACACAGCUGCUGAGGAGCCCAUCCCUGAGGUUGUGCCCGUGCAAGUAGAAACUGUCAAGAAAUCCAAAAAGCCGAGCAGAGAAGAGAUCAGCUGCAUGUUUGAGCCUGAAGGAAACGCCUGCAGCCUGACCGACAGCACCGCCGAUGAGCACGUGUUGGCGCUGGUGGAGCACACGGCUGAUGAGGCUCGGGACCGUAUCAACCGGUUCCUCCUAGGUGGCAAGGUGGGCUACCUGAAGAGGAGCAGGGAUGGCAGCCUGCUCUACAGCCUGGUCAACACAGCCGAGCUGGACGCUGACGAAGAGGAGACCCACACCGUGGACCUGAGCUGGCUGUCCAGCAAGCUGCUCCCAGGCUUCACUACACUGGGCUUCAAGGACGAAAGGAGAAACAAAGUCAUGUUUCUCUCCAGCGCCAGCACCGCACUUUCUAUGCAGAACAACUCAGUGUUUGGUGUCUUAAAGUCAGAUGAGAUGGAGCUGCUGCAUUCGGCCUAUGGUGACGAGAUGGUUGUGCAGUGUGCGCUGAGCCUUCAGGAGUUUGUGAAGGAUGCUGGGAGCUACAGCAAGAAGAUCGUAGAUGACCUCCUGGACCAGAUCACAGGUGGAAACCACUCUAGAAUGCUCUUCCAGCUGAAGCAGAGGAGAAGUGUUCCCAUGAAACCUUCAGAUGAAGUGAAAGUUGGGGAUACUUUAGGGGACGGCAGUGGCUCUGUUCUGGAUUUCAUGUCAGUGAAACCGUAUUCUGAUGUGUCUCUGGACAUCUCCAUGCUCAGCUCUCUGGGGAAGGUGAAGAAGGAGCUGGACCAUGAGGACACCCACUUGUCCUUGGACUACAAGACCAAGCUCCUGCAAGACCUGCAUGAGGCCCAGGCGGAGCGGGGUGGCUCCCGGUGGUCUUCCAACCUCAGCUCCCUGUCCAAUGCCUGUGAGAGGGAGCAGCACCACCUGGGAAGCCCUUCUCGCCUCAGUGUCGGGGACCAGCCAGAUGUGACCCAUGAUCCAUACGAAUUUCUUCAGUCUCCAGAGCCUGCAGUCUCAACAAAGAACUAGCUUUGUAGCCAGGGAGGUGUGAGCCAUCUGUACUGUCACAUCAGCAGAGAGACAGUGUCAUUGUGCACAGGCCCACAGAUCCUGAAU